UCGGACUACUUUGUUGUUUUCUCGCCGAGUAUGGGCUCGGCGGAGUAAUACAUAAAGAAGGCCUCAACUCACGUGUAGCGUGUAGUGUCAUAGAGAACGUCGUUUUGUGUUGUGUAUCAACAUUUGUCAACUUGCCUGUGCCAAAAUAAGACAUACCAUCAGAAAAUGAGUAUGGACAUACUGAUGGGCAGAGCUUCGGAGAUACCCGGUGUGGAGGAGGACUGUUACGCAGCCUGGUUCUUUCGGCAGUUACAGGAGUUCAGGACGGACGGUCACCUGGUGGACGUAACGCUGUGUGCGGAGGGGAGGGAGAUCCCCUGUCACCGCUUGGUUCUGUCCGCGUGCACAGACUAUUUCCACGCCAUGUUCAGUGGAAGCCAUCCGGAGAGCUCGCGGGAUAAGAUCGAGAUGUUAGGAGUGAAUGGGGACGCUCUGGAGAUGUUGGUAGGCUACGCCUACACAUCAAUCAUCCACAUCACCGCAGAUAACAUCCAGCCCCUGUUUGAAGCAGCCAACAUGCUACAGGUCAAGCCUGUGGAAAACGAUUGCGAGAAGUUCCUGAAAGACCACUUGGGCCCCGGCACGUGUUUGAGUACUUGGGCGUUGGCAGACAAGCUGUCGUGUACACACCUGUCUGCAAUGGCACGGAGCUACGCUCUGAAGAAUUUUGAAGACGUAUGCGGGACUGAGGAGUUUCUUCAGCUACCUGUAGACUUCCUAAAGACAUAUGUCUCAGACGAAGGCCUUCAUGCCAUGAGAGAAGAACGUGUGCUAGAAGCGAUUAUACUUUGGGUAAUGCAUGAUCUCGAUGAGCGACAAAGACAUUUGGAGGAGGCAUUAGCAUGCGUUCAUUUCUCGCAUUUGAACCAAGGUUUACUGGAGAACAUCGUGGAGACAGACCCGGUCCUGUCAGAAGUUCUGGGAAUCGAGGAACUGAUCAGGGAUGAAUGCAGACGUGCGAGACCUCCUCGCCAUAUUCAUCAAGAAGAAAUGAUAGUCCUUGGUGGGUUCACAUGUGCAGACCGUCCAGACGCAGGCGCGGAGAACUUUAAGACACAUGCAAACUUUUCCAUGUACAGGCUUAACCUCCACUGUGACACGAUCGACUGUAAGCCGAUAUCCCGACCCCUCCACCGCAUUGCACACAGUGCCGUCUGCGUGGUAAACAAUGACAUCAUUCUGACGGGCGGCGGCAAGUCUCCGCGUCAAGCGUUCAGAUACAGCGUGUCGCAGAAUUCUUGGACCAGGCUGCCGUGGAUGAGGAAGGGGAGGGGGAUGCACGGAAUGGCCGCCGUGAACGGAAAGGUGUACGUGGUUGGCGGCCAGGACCCGUACGAUAUGGACAGGAAACUAUCUUCUGUUGAAGUGUACAACGAGCAGACGAAAAGCUGGAAGAGGGUGAAGUCGAUGAGAAGAGGCGUCAGCAACUUUGGCAUAGCAGCCUACGGCGGCAAAGUUUAUGUAUUCGGCGGUGACCUGGACUCGAGGACAACCAGUAAAGUUCAGUGCUACGAACCCGGCCAGAAUGAGUGGAACGUGAAAGCAACUCGAUUACCAGAGCCAGAAAGCGGUAUAAGAGCAUGCACGGUCAACUCGAUGAUCUACUUGGUCGGUGGAAGCUUGGACUGCGUGCUUCGCUACGACCCCCAGCUUGACCGUUACAAGGAGAGGGCUAAACCGCUGAAAUCGUGGGAACACUGCAGUGCCUGUGUGUGUGGCUCAGAGAUCUACAUCACCGGGGGCCUGAGCAAACUGUUCCUGGACUAUCUCAAUAUUCCCCACCCUAGGGUUCAGUGUUAUGAUGUGGGCAGUGAUACCAUGUGCAUGGGUUCCUUAGAGGGCCUCCCAGUACCACUAUGUGCCCACCACACUGUAACUGUAUCAAGACAAUAGGCUGGUUCUAUCCUAGCUACAUGGCUGUAAUGUUUGAUCAAGCCUUUAUCAUGCCUUGGACUUUUUAGAAGUGAUAUUUUAGGCUAGCAUAGAUGCAUCCUUUGAGUGACUGUGUUUUAACUAUAGUUAGGAGUUUAUACUAGUUAUAAUGCCCUAGACAUUCCAAUGCUGUACUAGUUUUACUUUUGUAAUAGAUUAGACAAGGAUUUUUGUACACUUCUUGUAGCUAUAUGUGUGUAUAUGCAUGAUACAUACAAACAUGCAUACAUACAUACAUAAAUAUGUAGAUAUAAUGUUGCUGUCAGUUGUAUUGCAUACUGGCAAUGAUAAUACAUCUAACAUUCUUAUAUAGGACUGCAGUGACCUUUCUCUUCCUCAAAGUACAGAUGUUAAGAUAAGAGAUGUUAAGAGAUACAGGCUUUGUCAUUAACUUUGUCUAUAUAUACAGAUGUACCAACAUGUUCAACCCAAUACACUAUCAUAUACAACAUAUUGCAUU